AUGCCAGCCUGGGCAAGCGCUGAGCGACUACGCCGACGCCGCUUUGAUUUCAAGCUGAAAAGGCAAGGCUGCAGUGCAGGAGUAGGCAGCGGAGCCACGGCAAAACGCUCUGGAUCUGCUUGGCCUCGGCCACAAGGGCUCCACGGCGUGACGGAACUCGUUGAAUGCGAGCGGACGCACGACGUGUGGUUGCAGACACUUCAGAACGAGAUUCGCAACGGGACAUUGUCCCCGACAAACCACGCUUUCCUGCAUGGAGCUGAGACGGAUGUGCCAGGGAGUUGGAAUGGACAGGGACUAGAUUGUGGCUGCGCAACCUGCCACGCCUUGAUGACAGGAAAGGCAACGCCGGCGAAAAUUCGCGAGGGAGAGCGCGGUGCAUGUAAGCGGGAGCGUGCGUCCAAGGUGCGGGUAGUAGAUGCGGGGGCUCGACCAUCGCACGACUUUGGGCGUGCGAAAGCUAUUUUCGCAACCAACGCAAUAAAAUAUCACGUGAACAAACUGCGUGCGAAAGAUUUGGCUGCUGCCGCCGGGCAGCAACUGCACUACGCCAUCGCAAAGGACUGCAUUUCCAGCGCGGCGCUACGCGAGAAACCCGACUUGGCCAAAGAAAAGUUGGCGUGGCUGCAAAGACAUGACCAGGACUGUGGGUCGUUGUAUGGGGUGUUACCCCUUUGCGUUGGACUGCCGGUGACGGCCACGGACCACUUAGAUCGUCGCCGCGGCAUUCCCCGUGGGUGUCCGGGGGAAGUGGUUGGUUGGGCCUGGCCAAAGGAAGCUUCAGACCUAAAGAGCCAAGAAAAAACAAAGAUUUGGAACGAAUUGCCUGGUUGUAUUAUGGUCCGAUUUCACACCAAAGACACUUGGCGCGUGGAGGGGAUUCUGGAAGACAAUGUGUAUCCAGUACCUGCGCAAAAGAAACCAUGGUACUUGGACAAAGGGCGGCGGCGCCCGGUGCUACGCGUGACACGCAAGCAAUUCCCACUGGCACCCGCCUUUGCGACGACUGCCCACGCCGCUCAAGGACAGACUUGUCCGGAGGGAGUGGUCGCAGACCUGCAGAUCGGCGAAGCCGGAGAGCCCUUGACAGUAUACAUUGCGAUUACACGUGUCCGGGACCGGCAAGGUUUGUUUAUUUACCGCCCCUUCGACGCGGCGCCGUUCCAAAGAGGAGCGAAGCUGGGGCGAGACCUGCUGCUUCGCUUCUGGAGAGGAGACACCAUGGAUUGGGCGGCGUUGCGGGCCAAGUACCGCGAAGAACGGCAAUGUGCCGAGCGCAAAGAGCAGAAGCCUGCGCCCAUGGGCACGCAACGCGCCCGCGAGGAAAGCCAACCGCCAAAGCUUCCACGGGGCACGGCGGCAAAAGCCGUGGCCCGCCUGGCCGCCGCGCGUGCCAGCAAGCAUGAACGCAUCAUCGCGGAAGUCUUAGCAGAAAUCAAACGUAAGGAUGGAACUGUCAAAGAAAAGAAAAAGCAUGAGUACACCUGCCCGCAUUGUGGUGACCUGGUCGCAAGCAAUGUCACGACGGGACAAAUUAAUCACCGGACAGUGUGCGGCAACCAGUUUUACGUCACCGCUGGAAAGGUGAAAGACCAAAAGAAGAACGCGCAGAAGACGGUAGGCAAGAAAUAG